CAACGGCUUUAUGAGCUGUCCCCGAUUGAACUGGAUUUCUCUAUAUUCUCCUCCUCCUUAAUCACAAAAUAUUAUCAAAAAUUCAUUUCUAAAUUUAGAAGAAAUAUAUACUUGAGUUAAAUUUCAGCAUUAGGAUGUCAACCGGGUAAGAAAUGUGCGGAGAAUACUUGUCACAAGAUAUGUCAUUUGAGAAUACUGCAUGGGCGUUUAAUGGGCAAGCUGUGGCAUUAUUCUCAACCUCAGACCAAUCUGUUUUCUAUCGGUGUGGAAUUUCCGGCUACCAAGACAGUUUGUGCCCCGACUCCGGUCGCCAAUACUAUAGGGAAUGUAUAAUCCGCGGCAGUGCGGAAUUUAUAUUUGACAGAGCCGCUGCGGUGUUUCAGUACUGUCAAAUAUUGGUUAGAAAGGGGUCAACCAACCAGAACCCCAUCACGGCCCAAGGUGGACCACGCCGUAACGAAACAACCUUUGGUUUCACCUUCCAGUUUUGCAACAUCUCAGUUGAUUUGGAUCUUAUUCCAUACAUUGGCUCGAUUCGGACGUAUCUGGGAAGGCCAUGGCAGAAUUACUCCAGAACCAUCUUCAUGGAAUGUCAAAUAAAUGAGGUCGUAGAUCCUGAAGGAUGGCUGAAGUGGGGUGGAACCGACCAUGCUCAAUCUCCACUUUUCUAUGCGGAGUAUAAGAAUCAUGGGUUAGGAGCUGGAGUACAGAAACGGGUUAAGUGGCCAGGGUACCAUGUUUUUACUCAUCCUAAACAGGCUUUAAACUUCACGGUUGCGCAUUUGAUUUCUGGAUAUUAUUGGUUACCAUCCACCGGGAUACCUUUCACUCCUUACUUUGGAGUUGGAGGUGGAAAUAAUAGCAAAGGGAAAUGAUGAGAAUGAGAAUUAUCUUUGCAGAAAAACAUAUCUAUCUAUGUAGUUUUUCUUUUCAUUAGGUUCUAGUUUGUUUCAAAAUCUGUUAGGCUUUGAAGGUUAAUUAUGCAAUUACAAUUGCUAUAUAGUUUAAGUGUUAGGUCAAUUAUGCAAUUACAAUUGCUAUAUAGUUUAAGUGUUAAGGUUAAUUAUGUUAGAUAAUCGGGUAUGAUAAUCCUGGAUAACUUCGAAGAAUCGUGUUCGUACACUUUCCGAACAAAGUAUUUCGACCCUAUUCUUGCCUGGGUUCACGAAAUCUUUGUGGGGAUAAUUCUUGAAGAACAAUUUG